AUGCGGACGGCCCCCGACGGGAAGGACCACUAUCUCAGGUUCAGCAGUUCAUUAAUCACGGCUCACGCAGACAUGUUUGUUCUGUCGUCCCUCCCGCCGCUACCCGGGUCCACGAUGCGGCCCCUACCCUCUCCCUCUCACUCUAAUCUGGCAUUCUGCAGCUCCCGAGUGGCCCCUGCUUUUGCCCGGCUCAUUCAUCUCGCUCCUCUAAUGCCUCAGUCUUUCGGCCCCUUUCUUCAAUCGCUCCGUCGUUAUCAGAGCACAGGAUGA